CACAGAUGGGCAUGUGGGAAAAGGAUUACAGUGACUUAUUGCUUUCUUUCACAUCUCAUCUUUUUUGUUUCUUUUACCCCAUGGUGUGCAGCAUGUCCGGGAUUGGAAGGAUUAAGUGGGGGAAUGUUGUGACUCAUGACUUGAAUCUCUUUAUUUUACCGAUUUUCCUAGUUUUAGUAAAAGAUUCAUCCACAUCUUUCAGCUCUGUCCAGCCAUUCUCCAGGCAUGCCGAGGGAUGUCAUUCCUGGGUCCCAGAAGGGGGAACCAGAUGGUUCAGUACCCUGCCAAAGCACCAGUCCUGGGGAGGUCGUGGAUUUGGAGUGUCCCAUCUGCUACCAGGAGUACAACCAGUACAACAAAACGCCCCGGAUGUUGGAGUGCCUCCACGUUUUCUGUACAGAUUGCCUGCAGAGGAUCCGUCUCAACCCCUGUGACCCCACUGACCCCCACAGUGGCCCACAAGCCAUCCCCUGUCCCCUCUGCCGCCAUUUAACCCCUCUACAUAGCGGUAGUGCCUGUGCUUUACCCUGCAACUCCCAAAUCAUGUCCAGGCUGCCCCACAUGGCCUUCCAGACGCCUGCGACAGUUGCCACACAUGUGGCGACAGUCACGCAGAGGGUGGUGCUCUCUCUGGAGGGUGGCACCAGCAGCAGCAGGGACAGCCGCUUCAUCAUCCUGCCCACCGUCAGCCUGCAGGUGCAACAGAUGCACCCGGACAGGCCGUAUGGCACAGUUCCUGGCCUGGUGGGCGAAGAGGGAGUCAUACAGCAGAGCAGGAGGACCCUGCUGUGUGUGCAGCUGCUGGCAGUCAUCUUCUGGGUGCUGUUUGUGAUCACCUGUGUGGUUGGUGUGGUGUUUGGACCACAUAUUUUCAACAGGAAAUUUUAAUUGGUGCAGAUUUGGUAGCAGAUAUUCUUGCUAUCAAAGUGACAUAAAAACAAUAUGUGAGUAGUUUCUGUUAAGGCUGCAACAAACUGAAAUUACUGUAAAAUCUACUUAAAUACCUCAGACUGGAUUCCUUGCUGCUUUUGCUGCUUUUUUACAUGGAUGAAGAGCUCCCUCUAGUGUCAUUUGAGAAGAAUGAAGUCUACACGUGUUAUUUGGCAUAGUCUGCCACUUUAUUAGGUACACUUUGCAAGGUGACAGAAACAUUUCUUAGAAAUUUUGAUCUAAAUUGACAUAAUAUCAUCAAAUAGCUGCUGCAGAUGUGCCUGCUGCACAUCCAUGGCGUGAAUCUCCUGCUCCACCACAUCCUAUAGGUGCUUUACUGGACAGAGAUCUGAUGAGAACAUUGUAGAACAGAUAACUAAUGUUCAUGUUCAAGAAACCAGUUUGUAAUGAUUUGAGCUAUGUGACAUGGUACAUUAUUGUGCUGGAAGUCAUUAGAGGAUGGGUACACUGCGUUCAUACAGGGAUGGACAGCAACAAUAAUGAAGUAAGCUAUGGCAUUUAAAAGAUACUAAAGAGCUAGUGUGCCAAGAAAACUACCUCCACACCCUUAUACCACCAUCAACAGCAGCCUGAACUAUUGAAACAAGGCCUGAUGGAUCCAUGCUUUCAUGUGGUUUACUCCAGACUCGGACCCUACCAACUGAAUCCUGCAGCUGAAACUGAGACUCAUCUGACCAAUGUUUUUCCAAACUGUCUUUUUCCAACUUUAGCUUCUAUUUUCCACUCACUGGAUAUUUUCUCUUUUUCAGACCAUUCCCUGUAAAGCUGAGAAAUGGUUAUGCAUGACAAUCCCAGUAAAUCAACAGUUUCUGAAAUACUUAGACCACCUUGCCCAGCACCAAAAACAAUGCCGCAUUUAAAAUUGCUUAAAUCCCCUUUCUUCAUCAAUAUGAUGCACUGUUUGAAAUUCUACACCACAACUACGUGUAUAAGUGCAUUGAUUUCCUGAUAUGAGAUUUGCUGAUUUGCUAUCGGUGUUGACAAGCAAUUAAACAGAUGUACCAUUUUAAAAUGGCCGGUUAGUGAAGCUCCCUGUUUAACUUCAUAUGACGUUUGAUAAUGUUAUUGUUCUGCCAACGAUUCUUGCCUCACUGAACAUACACAAAUUCUUACAAAGUAUCUUGAUUUAACAUGUUUUAAAGAAAGAUAAAAGGUAGUAUUUUAAAACUGUUUCAUCAUUAUUAUUAUUAUUGUUAAUAAUAUUGCAACAACGUUAAUCUUGUCUGGGCCCCAUUUUUGAUUUUGUAACAACAAUGUUAUGAAUAUGAACAGUAGUUUACAUUAGGCUGUACAGAUUGUGAUUUCUUCCUUUUUUCUGUAUUGUGUGCAUGUGUUUUGUUUUUUGAGAGAGGCACAUUUAGCAAAAAUCAUUUAAAACCGAUAAAAUAAAAUAAAAUAAUCAGCAUUUGAAUUUCUGAGGAAUUUUAAAUGAUUAGAAAACUGAAAUAGACAUGUAAAAAGAAAUGCUUUUCUGUAAUUUGUUGUGUGGCUGUUUGCCAGCUGAGCCCUUGUUUGUUAUUUUCUGGUAAAAUUCAACAUUCAUAAAAAUAAAUAAACUGGGCUCAUCAUUGUUCCUCAAAUAAACUGGUUAAACUUCA